UUUGCACUGACAGCUGUCAUUUAGUUGUUGAUAAAAUUUACAUAAUUCGUCAGCUCGAUCCCACUGGCACCGACGUUUGAUGGUCAACCGGGGAGCGACAUACCAUCAUGGGCAUGCGGUUACCACUUCGGAAGUUCACAGCAUUGCCAACAAGCUUGGUCAUGGUCACAACUCUCAUAAUACAAUGGAUCACGACAUGCAUUCCGACUCUAAUCAUCACCAUCACCCGAUGCCCGAGCCCGAGGACUCGAUGUCGCACGAAAACAGUGCUGGAGGUCACCAUUCCCACCACGGUGACCACGGUACAGGAGAUGGUGGAGGCCAUCACGAUAUGUCCAUGUCAAUGUUUUUCCACACCGGUUACACCGAGACCAUACUGGUCAAGUUCUGGCGCACUGAGUCCACUUUGGCGAUAGUUCUGUCUUGCCUGGCAAUUUUCAUGGUGGCCGUUUUCUAUGAGGCUCUUAAGUUUUUCCGCGAGUGGCUAUAUGCGAAGCAAAAUAAACGGCUGGCGGCGGGCAAGGAGAUGAAGAAGAGCUCCGGGCGGGUUAGCUACAAUCAGCCCACGCGGCUGCCGCCGACGAUGCAGCAAGGGUCGUCGCAGAUCUAUGUGAACCGACCCCGAUCGCCGUCGAUGCCGCCGCUGCGGAGUGGCACUACGGCAGCUAACUCCAUCUCCAACCCACACGCGGGUCACAACCGGGUGCACAACCAUCCAGGAAGAGGGCAGGGGAGAGGUCGUCGCAUCCUGCCGGAGGCAAUACCACCCGCGCAGGUGCCAUGCCACAAGGUGUGGUGCUCGAGGAUGCAUCUCCUGCAGACUUUCCUUCAUGUUAUUCAGGUGUUCAUCUCAUUCCUGCUGAUGCUUGUCUUCAUGACCUUCAAUGUGUGGCUGUGCGUGGCUGUUUUACUGGGGGCCGGGGUGGGAUACUAUAUGUUCUGCGCCUUCAGCACCCGCAUCCACGAGCACUGCAACUGAAUGUGGGCUAAAACGAGCCGGGAAACUGGGCCGAAACGGGCCAAAAACAACUGAAAACAAGAAGAGCUGCAGAGUUCUCCCUGCUAAUGUAUUUUUCUAAUUAAAGCGAGUUGUAAAAAUCAUAA